GGGAUUGUAUUUAAUUUCGAGAGAUUCCAUUCCAUCCAAAGUACGCACAGUCAAACUCGUCUUCCCGUCGUCGUCGUCGUCUUUUGUCUUCUUCUCGUUUCUUGCAGCAGCAGCAGCAGCUCAGCGACAUGGCGGAUUUGGACAAGGAACAGAUUGCGAUUUUGAAGAAGGCGUUCGAAACGUUUGCCCAGGGGAAGGACUUCAUCACGCCGGACAUGGUCGCCUCCAUCUUGAGAAUGAUGGGGACCGCCUUCACGGAAGAGACGCUGAAGGAAACCAUCGCUGAGAUCGAUGAGGAUGGUUCUGGACAGAUUGAAUUCGAAGAGUUUACCAUUCUCGCGUCCAAAUUCAUUAUUGAAGAGGAUGACGAAGACGUCCAGAAAGAGUUGAAGGAAGCGUUCCGUCUCUACGAUAAGGAUGGUGCCGGCUACAUCACGACCGCCGUGUUGAAACAGAUUCUUCACGAGAUUGACGACACUCUCACCAAUGAUGACUUGGACGGCAUGAUCACCGAGAUUGAUGAAGAUGGCUCAGGAACCGUCGACUUUGACGAGUUCAUGGAAAUGAUGACGGGUUAAGUUAUUAUUUCUCUACUACUGAAAAAAACGCCAUAAAGAAGACGCCACAUCCACAACAAUCUUCCUCCUGUAGCUGCAAAAUGCAAAUGACCACCGCCGGACCACAUCAUUAAUUUAUUACGUAUAUACAUAAUUCCUACCCGUGUGUAACAUGUACCUCAUCCAUUCCUUAAAACCUAUACUACCUGAAAUUAUGUGAUUAUUAUAUAAAUAGCCAGCCAGCCAUCCAUACCUUUGUCCAUUCCUACCACCCCCAUUCGACUGCUAGUCACCACCCACCCACCACUUCCUCCCUGCCUCACACACUAUUCAGUCAUUUCGAAUAAACAAGUCUCUUUUUUUCGCCACCCUUUCUAAAUACAUACGAAAACCGA